CUGAAGCUAGGGUUUGCGCCUCGUUGUCGAUAACCUUAGCAGGUAAGCCGCAGAGCCAGAGAGACCUCCGCCUCCCGUCGACGUCACCAUGGGUCGUAUGCACAGUCGUGGUAAGGGUAUUUCUGCUUCAGCUCUGCCUUACAAGAGAACCCCACCAAGCUGGCUCAAGAUCUCAUCCCAAGAUGUUGAAGAGAACAUUUGUAAGUUUGCAAAGAAGGGUCUGACGCCAUCACAGAUUGGUGUUAUUCUUCGUGAUUCUCACGGUAUUGCUCAGGUCAAGAGCGUUACUGGAAGCAAGAUCUUGCGUAUCCUCAAGGCUCAUGGUCUUGCCCCUGAAAUCCCGGAGGAUCUGUACCACCUUAUUAAGAAGGCUGUUGCAAUUCGCAAGCAUUUGGAGAGGAACAGGAAGGACAAGGACUCUAAAUUUAGGCUGAUCCUUGUUGAGAGCAGGAUUCACAGGCUUGCCCGGUACUACAAGAAGACCAAGAAGCUUCCUCCUGUCUGGAAAUACGAGUCUACAACCGCCAGCACUCUUGUGGCUUAGGCGAAGCAUAAAGGAUGGUGCAGUUUUUACAGUCUCGCGUCACUAAUAGGAUUCCAAGUAGCAGGACUUCAUUCUCUUUUGUAGUGAGUGAGAUGGGUUUUUAUGCAAGACUUCAUUCAUAGCUGUUAGAAGAUUUUGUUAUGUCUGGAUAGUAGUCCAAGUACUUGUUCAGUUCCUCACCUGGUUUUAUUGGUUUCUUUUGCUUUUGUACUCCUAUUUAUCCUCUGGAGAAAGUGAUCAUUUAAGUAAUACUAUUUCAUAUUUUCUU